UAUCAUUUUUAGAGGCUUGCAUUACACAGAGGUGUUUUUUUUUUUUUAUUUAUCAUACUCUCAUUGAUAUAAAUGGGGGUGGACAAAAUAAUAGAAACACCUGUCAGUAUAGCACAAUUCAAUACAAGUCUGUUGUAUUGUACUGCAUUAGUUUUAGCCAGGCGUACCUAAUAAACUGGCACUACUUAGAGUAGAUAGUGAAAGUAAUGGUAAUAAAUAAUUGAGAUGUCCAGUUUCUGCCGCUCCAAUUGGUAGUAGGGUAAAUGCAAACAUUGACAAAAUUGCGUGAAAAUAUUAUUGCAACAAUAUUCACUUUUAUGUAAUUAAUAUCCUAUAGUGUCAAAUAACAUCCAGUUAAAAAUCUGUUUAAAUGAACAUAUUUGGAGCAUGACAGUGGUGUUGAUGAAGGGAUAGCCUACUUGAUCUGCCAAAAAAAGUUGAGAACCACUGUUCUUAGCCAACAACAUGAGGCUUCUAACUUGAUUAAGACAUUGAUUGAAGCUAGACAGCAACAGCUGAGCUGCAGCCAUGCAGCUGCUCUCUCUCACAGGUCACUGGGCAUAUAGAAAUGCACAGAUUGGUGCAUGCCCUGGUCACCUUCUAGGAUGCAGGGGGUCAACUGGCCAUGAUCUUUUCAGUGGGGCCAUCGACGCCAGCAAGGCUACAUGCCUGGGGGUGGAGUGAGACAGUUGGACAGUCAUAAGACAAAUGCAGCCUCCUUCUCUAAUUAGAUUUCUCAUGGGCUGCAAGAUGAGCUCUAAUCAGCUGUGGCGCUCAGCCCAAGUCUCCACACAGACAUGAUGUUUCCUUGGAGAUCUGACAGGAAAGACGACACCUCUGUCUCUUCAAAGUGUUCACUCAGUAACUUAUUUUAUAGUUUCAGUGGUAGAAAUUCCUUUUUGAGAGGUUUGAAUGAUGGAAAGGAGAAUGAAUGGGCAGACUACUAGUCUUCCUCUCCGCUGCUGCUGCUGCUGCUGUGUGUUUUGGAUGGCAGUUCUGUGAGUGGUAACGGUGCUCCAUGAGAGAGAAAGGCGUGCAUCUUUGUGGGUUGAAAGCGAGGAGGGAGCCAACUCUCUUUGGGUUGUUUAAGAUCUUAUGGGAGAAGAGAAAUGUGUUGUUUCCAGACAGUCAGAGGGAAAGUGAUGAUGCAGCAUGGAUGAGAGGGGGGGGGAGAUGAAUGGGAUCUGUUACAUAACCUGUUUUCGAAGAUUUCCCAUUGAACUGUGGGCUUCCCAUAUUAUACCUUUUACUGCUACAUCAAAGCAAGUCUGCAAACCUGUUAAUUGACAGGAUGCACGUUUUUACAUGCUGUGUAAUCUGAAACUGUGAAGUGAACUCAAAAGUGCUUCACACUGUGCUGUGGCACUAGAAUGAAAUAAUUAAUCCCACACUCAUCAAAUCAAAUAAACGAGAAGGCAUUAAGUCAAAUAAUCCAGCAAUCAGUGCUGUAAGAUUCUUAAAGAAAAAACAUCUGGUUUCUGAAGUUUUAUGAUAUUGCAGUAUAGCCUGCCAAUUCAAAUUGAAAUGGAAGGUAACGAUAAACGCAGCUGCAUUCAUGAUAAAUCCAAUAGUCUUGUUCAAAGGACGCACAGUAACAUGAUGUAACUUGGCAGAGAAAGUGCGUGUGGGCACAUGGACCGAGCCGUGCCGUGAGUGAAGCAACAAUACAGCCGACAAGGGGGAGUUUCUUCUUGCAAAGCGCAUCAUGCAAUCCAGCUACAAAAAUUCCCGGUGACUUCAGAUCCAAGGAGGUGGUGAUAUUCAUGGGAGCACGAUUUCAAACUCGCUCACUUGGAGUAUCUAGGAGUCCAGCUUCAGCAGCCCUGGAGCCAGCUGCUCUCUUUGCAACUCUUUUUUUCUUGUUUUAACAUAACAGAUGGAAUAAUGUUUGCUUAGAAUAACACUUCUUCUUCUUCUUCUUCUUCAGCGCUGGAAGGAGUUUCUCACUUUGGACUGUAGUUAUAUAGGUGCUGAUUGGACAACCUGAAGACAGUCUUUACCUGGGCAUUAUGAGGAGGUAUCCGGGCUUUUUUCAUUCUUGGGAGAGGAUGCCUUCUUGCUGAAAACUCGUGUUGUAGCUGGACUUUUCUUGUUGUUAUUUGCUCAUAUCUCAGUGUGUCUCCAUAACGCGAUCUGCCCCCUUUUUACGCGCUAGUUUUGAAAACUUUUGCAUGCCCAAAAUGGACCGUGCAGGAUUUGCUGUUUUGCUGGUUUUGACUGUUGCGCUGGUGCGAGACGGUGACAGUCACACGGACACGACAGGUGGGAGGAAAGCACUGAGGAGUCAAGGUCACUCUCCAAGGGGACCAGGACCAGAGGAAAGUGCAUCCUCCAGACCAUCCGGUGAAACUUCUCCUGGGCAAACCAGCAAAUCUACGUCUCUGCUCCGUGUGCCCAGGGCUGCAUCUUCCCAAGGGGAUGACACAAGGCACACAUCCAGAGCAGGACCGGCUCAUGCUGCAGGCGCCUCCCGGGAAGACGUCGCCUCUGCGCCGCAGGAUGGAGCGCUGCGCACCGCCAGACAAACCGGCAGCCAGCAGCACACAGCCAGAGUGAACCGCAGGCAGAGCAGCAAGACCAGCUCUGCAAACUCAAGGAGACUUGUUGGACCUAAUGUCUGUGGAGGCCAGCAGUGCUGCUCAGGCUGGGCUUUGGCUCCAGGAACCAAUCGCUGCAUAAAACCCGACUGCCAGCCCCCCUGCCAGAACCGCGGCUCCUGCAGCCGGCCGCAGACAUGCGUGUGUCGCUCAGGCUUCCAGGGGCCUCGCUGUGAGGAGGUGGCUCCAGAGCAGGUGUACAUUCGCGAUGGAGGCGCACUGAGGCGCGUUCAACCCGGGACCAACCCUUUCCAGAGAGACCAACCGCGGAGAAGGCCCACGGAAAGGCAGGCCAUCGAUACCACCAAGGUCCAGACCCCACGACCUGCGACCACCAGACUGCCUGGGUCCCAAGUGAGACGGGGACCCCCUGACUCCUCCCCUCAGCAGACCGGGACCUCCCGCACUGUGAAACGAUAUCCGUCAUCCUCUGGGCCUAUAACCUCCAACGCUCUACCCAACGGCAACGGCCAUGGCGGUGACCACAGGAACUGGCACGGACACAGACAUGGGCACAGCAACCCGCACUUUAACGCUCACAGGCCUACCAGUGACAGCCAACUUCACGGGCAGUUCAACAAUGCAUUAUCACCAGCAGGGGCCAACCUGUCCUCCAACUUGGACCGCAUCAAGAUCGUCUUCACGCCCAUGGUAUGCCGCAGGGUGUGCAGCGGUGGUCGCUGCUACAACAGCUGUGAGAAGGGAGACAUGACCACGGUCUACAGCGAGAACUCGCAACAGCAGCAGCAGCAGCAGCAGCAGCCAAAGAACCACGGCUUCCGACUCUUCUUCUGUCAGCUACCCUGUCUCAGUGGAGGUCGAUGCAUCGGCAGGGACCUGUGCUGGUGUCCAUCGAACUCAACGGGAAAGUUUUGCCACCUGCCGGCCCCGCCUCCUGCUACCCCUCACCGCCAGAAGGACGGCAGCCGCCAGGGACCAAAAUCUCCCUCCCACUCCAUGUACACUCUACCACUGUCCAAUCAGCAAGUGUCUCUCCACCCAUCCUUGGUGAACGUCCACAUUCAGCACCCUCCAGACGCCGAGGUCCAGAUCCACCAAGUAGCUCGGGUCCAGCCCGGGCAGAGACCGGCCACCACAGACGGGGCUCACUCUGUCCAGCAGCGCUCCCAGCCUGGGAAUGGACACGAACACACCAGUGAGCACAGCAGCAGGCAGCCACACACCAGUGAAUACGGCCACGCCAGACCGCACAACCGUCAGAAUGGACAUGUCGGGAGAUGCUUUCAGGAAACAGUCGAUGGACAGUGUGGCAAGCCUCUGCCAGGCCUAACCAAACAGGAUGAUUGCUGUGGAAGCGUGGGCGCCUCCUGGGGUCUCAACAAGUGCCAAAAGUGUCCGACCAAACCAGCUUAUGCAGUGAUUGCAAAUGGACAAGUGGAGUGUCCCAAAGGUUUUAAACGGAUGAAUCUCACACACUGUCAAGACAUCAACGAGUGCCUGUUGCCCGGGCUCUGUAAGAACGCUGAAUGUCUCAACACCAGAGGAAGCUACAGGUGCACGUGUAAACAAGGCUUCAUGUUAGACGCUGACAGGAGUCACUGUGUCUCGGACAAGGCUGUGUCUGACCAGAGGGCGUUCUGUUACCGGUCGGUGUCAGCACGCACAUGCUCUCUGCCGCUUGCUCAACACAUCACCAAGCAGAUCUGCUGCUGCAGCCGGGUGGGCAAGGCCUGGGGCCCUGGGUGUGAUCGCUGUCCUUUACCGGGAACAGACCAUUUCAAGGAGAUCUGCCCAGCUGGUCAUGGAUACACCUACUCGCGCUCUGACGUGCAGAUUUCUCUCAGGCAGCUGGAGGAAGAUGAUCUGCAGAGCACAGGAGUGUCGUGGGAGGAGCAGAGCCCCACUUUCCCUCAGCCUCCAUCCUCCGAGCCAUGGGUGCCACAAUACCCCAGCUACCCACAGACGCCACACGUACCCCAAUACCCCGAGUACCCUGAGACGCCACAAGCACGGUACCCUCUGACUCCACACAGCAGCCAUCCCUCUCACCCAGACGAGGAGACACCUAAACAGCCGGAAGAUGUGGAAAUUCUGAUCCCGCCAGCUGUUGUGACUGACUCACCACUGAAAUAUCCAGAGACUUCUCCAGACUCCUCCAUCAUCAACCUGAGGCCAGAUUCAGAGGAGACAACCCUCACUGACUCAGCCACAGGUAUCGACAAGUGUGCCUCCACCCCGGCCAUAUGUGGACGUGGGAAAUGUAUUCCCGUGCAGACUGGCUACACCUGCCAUUGCGAGCCAGGAUUCAAGCUCAGCGCAUUGCAGACCAACUGCAUUGAUGUGAACGAGUGUGACGAGGACCCGUGUGAAGGGAAGGGCCGCUGUAUAAACAGCUACGGCUCCUAUACCUGUCAGUGCCACAGCGGCUACAGCCAGGUGAUCACCCAGAACAGGAAGUUCUGUCAAGACAUAAAUGAGUGCAGCAUGCCCAACAAGUGCCAGAACGGCGAAUGCGUCAACACAGAAGGAUCUUACACCUGUGAAUGCAACAAUGGCUACGCCAAGUCCUGGAGAGGCCAAUGCGAAGAUAUAGAUGAGUGCAGAGAUCCCAGCUCCUGUCCCAACGGUGUCUGCGUCAACACUCUCGGCUCUUUCCAGUGCCAGGCCUGCGGCCCGGGGUUCAGGCCUGUGGAUGAAAGAUGUGUGGAUGUAAACGAGUGCUUGAACCAAACAGCGUGCGGUCGUGGUAGGUGUGUCAACACCGAGGGCUCCUAUAGGUGCAACUGUUUCCAAGGAUACAAACUCUCACCGGACAACGUUUGCCAAGAUGUGGAUGAGUGUGCGCUCCCUGGAGUUUGUCUCCACGGCCGCUGUGUCAAUCUGGACGGCACCCACAAAUGCACCUGUAACCAUGGUUACCAAGUCACCUCAGACGGCGAAGCCUGCGAAGAUGUCAACGAGUGCGCAACUGGUAAUGCGUGCCCAGCGGGAAUUUGCAUCAACACUGCAGGUUCUUACACUUGCCAGAGCUGCAGGCCUGGGUUUGGACCGUCUGCUGACGGACUGAGAUGCGAAGAUGUGAAUGAGUGUGCCCAGGGGGACUUGUGUCUCGGCGGGGUGUGUGCCAACACGGAGGGAUCCUACACCUGCACCAGAUGUAAGGCCGGCUACAGAGUGUCUCAAGACCGGCAGAGGUGUGAAGAUGUUGACGAGUGCCAGUCCCUGUCUACCUGUGCCAACGGGAUCUGUCUAAACUCUGAAGGCUCUUACACCUGUGAGAACUGCCCUUCAGGGUACAGAGUAUCGUAUGACGGGGAGCUUUGUGAAGAUAUUGAUGAGUGUGCGCUGCCCACUACAUGCCCCCAGGGAACAUGCACAAACACAGAGGGUUCCUUCACAUGUAUCGUCUGUCAGCCUGGUUUCAGAGUCUCUGAGGAUGGACAACAAUGCGAUGAUGUGGAUGAGUGUUCGGUGGCUAACGUGUGCCCGGACCAGCUGUGCUUGAACACCCCAGGAUCCUACACCUGCAGGAGCUGCGGAGCCGGCCUGCAACUGUCUGAGGAUGGUUACGGCUGCGAGGACAUUGACGAGUGCCAGGACCCAGGUGUGUGCCCCACGGGUGUUUGCACCAACACAGAGGGCUCCUUCUCCUGCAUGACCUGUGACCCAGGCUUCACGGUGGCACCCAACGGGCUCUCAUGCGAAGAUGUGAAUGAAUGCGAGGAACCCAGCCUGUGUGUGGGAGGCCAGUGCACCAACACCAUCGGCUCCUAUAGCUGCUUCUGUCCCGUUGGUCUGGAGAUGGUUGAUGGGACGUCCUGCAGAGAUAUCAAUGAGUGUUUAACCAUCGUGGGGAUCUGCGGAGAAGGAGACUGCCUGAACACUAAGGGCUCCUACACGUGCCUCUGUCCUGAUGGAUAUACCACCAUCAACGGAGGGACCGGCUGCCAAGACGAGGAUGAAUGCAGUAAAGACAAUGUGUGUGUCCGGGGCGAGUGUCUCAACACCGACGGCUCUUUCAUGUGCUUGUGUGAGGCUGGCUUCAAGUACAACGCUGACACGGCCGACUGCGAAGACCAGAAUGAGUGCAAGGAGUUUGGGAGCUCAGUGUGUGGUACCUGGCGCUGCGAAAACACCAUCGGCUCCUACCGGUGCUUCAUGGGCUGCCAGCCUGGCCUCGAGGGAGAGGACGCCACAGACUGCGAUAUUGAUGAGUGCGUCAAUGAAACCAUCUGUGGGAACCACGGCUUCUGCGAGAACACAGACGGAUCCUUCCGCUGCCAGUGUGACCAGGGCUACACCAACCCGCCAGAAGACAUGAGCAAAUGUGUCGACGUGAACGAGUGCGAGAUGAGCUUGGCGCUGUGCGGGGAGGCCCUGUGUGAGAACUUCGAUGGCAGCUUCCUGUGCAUCUGCCCCAACGACAAUGAGGAAUUUGAUCCCAUCACCAGCCAGUGCCGCUCCCUGGCUGAUAUGGACACGACUCCCGCUGCUCGAGUCCCUCCGUCCGCUCCCUCAGACGAGGAGAGGAAAGAGUGUUACUAUAACCUGAAUGAUGCCAACUUCUGCGACAACGUCUUGUCUCGCAACACCACCAAGCAGGAGUGCUGCUGCACGGUGGGGGCCGGCUGGGGGGACAACUGCGAGAUCCACGCCUGUCCUGUCCCAGGAAGAGAUGAUUAUAACCAGUUGUGCCCUCAUGGCAGUGGAUUAUUACCGCUGGCUGUUUCCGCUACACAAAAUCUGGGAGACCAGCGCCCUUACAUAGAUGCAAACGAGUGUGAGAUGUUUGGAUCAGACAUUUGUAAGAAUGGACAGUGUUCGAAUCUCUUUUCUACCUACACCUGCUACUGUCGCUCUGGCUUCUACUACGACAACAUCCGGCUUGAGUGUGUGGAUUACGAUGAGUGUGGGUUUGGAACCGCCUGUGAGGGCGGAGCGUGCGUGAACACGGCUGGGUCUUUCAACUGUUUCUGCAGUCCUCCAUUAGUCCUGGACAACACACAGCGGCGCUGCAUUGGCCUUAACGCCACAGAAGAAACUCUAGAGCCUGAUCACGAUGUGCACAUGGAUAUUUGCUGGCAGCGUCUGGAGGGGGACCACGUAUGUUCAGAACCGCUCCAGGGACGCAGAACUACAUACACCGAAUGCUGCUGCCUGUACGGCAUCGCCUGGAGUGGACAGUGUGCCUUCUGUCCCCGGAGAGACUCUGAGGACUACGCAGUGAUGUGCAACCUGCCUCGGAGAGGAGGGACAGACAGUCUGCGAGAGAGGCCGGGAUAUGAGUACGGUCUUGAGGGGCCAGAGGAUCCUGCGGAGCCUUUUGUUCCUCCGUACUGGGACAGUUACGGCAGCCCUGCAGGACCCUAUGACAUCCCUGAGGGCGUUCCUCUCUUCAAUGACAAUGACUACGGCGUUCAACAACCACCUGCCCGCGUUCCCAUUCCACGACCACGGGAGCAGCCGCCACGACCAGUGGAUCCCUAUGCUGAGCGCUACGAUGGCUUCGAGGGUCUCCGAGCGGAGGAAUGUGGAAUCCUGAACGGGUGUGAAAACGGCCGCUGCGUUCGCGUGCGAGAAGGCUACACCUGCGACUGCUUCGACGGUUACGAACUUGACCUGAACAAGAUGGCCUGUAUAGACAUAAACGAGUGCGAGGACAUCAGCGACAAGGUGCCCUUGUGUCAGAACGGCCAGUGCACCAACACGGAGGGGUCGUACAAGUGCACCUGUUUGCCGGGUUUCGUGGCCGCCGCGGAGCCGCACAAAUGCAUCCCAGAGAUCCCGGAGUCGGGGCCUGUGGAGACAGGAAACUGAGACAGGCUGCUGGCUUUUCCUGCUCCCUCAAAGAUCACCUUACACCCUUCUGCCCUUUUCCCCAAGGGCCUGGCACUAAACCUCCAACAGUAACGCUUAGACGUCCAAACUCGUUUCCCCACACACAUUCAUAUCCCCUCAUACAUGUUCAAGAGGACCAGGAAUUGUGCAGUGAAUGUAUUACAUGGGAUUUAGUAUUCACCAGAUAUCCAUUUGCCUUAAAGGGAUUUUGUGGACUGAUCUUUUUUUAUUCAGUAACCCCAGGCAAUUUGAUAUGCAGAUAUAUUUUCCACAUUAUUUUCUCUGUCACUUUUUUUUUUUGUUGUGUUAUUUAUUUCAUUUCCAUGACGGGCCUCUGCAAACUAAGAAAGCGACCUAUUUCAGAGGGCAUACUUGAUUCCUCUUGUUUUUAUUUGUCUCGCCAAUCGACCUCAGAGACGGCGUGGGGGAGAUAAUAAAUGCCUUUCGUAAGUCAUAAGAAAUCAGCCUCUCAUAAAUCAGCUUGUCAAACCUCUCACCAGUUUUCUCACUCAGUCAUUGUAAUUAGCGUCGACCUCUUGGACUAAAUGGACGCCAGGGUUGAUAAAUAUCAGAAGUUCUAAGAAGGAACUUUUUCCCACAGCUGCCUUUCUAUUCUUCAAGAUUAACCACAAAGCUGACGUUGAAGAAUCUUCUGGACCAAGGACUGAGACGUCAACACAGCCAAACUUAAAAAACGUCAGCCUUUACAUGGACCUGGCAAGACUGUAGAUGUAUAUGAUGAUCUAUGUAAUGUGUUUUAAAAAAGGUGCAAUAGGUAUAACCUGCCCUCCUCUGUUUGACACCAUUUUUACAAUCUUACAAUAGCAGCAAUGAAGUAGGAAAACUCAGUUUCUGAUCCCGAUUUUCUUUAACAGUAUUAACUUGUUUUAUACUUCUGUAAAUCCAUAUGUACCAUGACUUAUCAACGGUUGAUUCUAGGAAGGUAAGUUUGUUGAAAUGAUCCACAAAUAUCACAGCUUAAAGUGAAAAGAUCAGUUUUAUUCCCAUGUGUGCAUCUUUGAAUGCACGUACAGACACAGGCUUCGUUGGAGAGGUUUGGUAUAUUUUGUACAGAUCUAGUACUAUGUAUUAUUUUUGUUACAUAUUCUCUUAAUGCAUUAUAGCACAACCAAUAUUUUUGUUUGACAUAAAACAUAAAAUGUAAGAAAAAUCUGGCAUUAUAGCUUUUGUAGAUUUAUACAUGUCUGUAAAAAUGUUUUUGUUUUUUUUAAAGCAUAUCUUUUAAUGUAUGAGGAGAGUGGCUGACACUGUACCAGAGGAACUGUGUGUAUACCCUGCCCUGUGGAGCAGACAAUGAAAUAUAUUUUUUGGAAGUGGCAGCACUGUUCUAAUCACAGAUAUUUUGUCUCUUCGAGUUCAUUACAAAGACGAUGCUUUUGACUUCAGCUUCUGUGCGUCACAAAUUUAUGGCUAAAUAUUAAUAAUUGUGAACAUUAAUUCUUUUAGUCUCUGUUGGACCCUUUUGUCAUGAAUGUAUCAUAAACAGUAUCAGCCUACUCAUUUGGUUUCUGAACUCCCACUUAUACACAUUUUUUGUCUUUUAUAUUCAGGUUUAGGAAAUAAUGGCAUUAUUUGUCUAAUGGACUGAACUUCAGCAACGCAGAAACAUAAAACCAACUUUAGAGGAUGACUAAAGUUGAUGAUGUAUAACCUUAACAUGCAUUCAUAACCUAUAAACCUACAGUUGUACAAAUGUUUCCACUUGAUGUCCGCUGUACUUUACCGUGCUGUUCAAAUCAUCGGCUGAACCGGACCGUAAGUCUAUAACAUUUAGGUCAAAGAUGGGAUAUUUAAAGCCUUUCAAAACCACAAAUAACUUCAGAUACAUGUCAUGUUGUAAAGCUGUGGUCAUUGGAAAUAUCAUGCUCAUUCAUUUUGUUUACCUCCUGACUGUAAUCACUAUCAGUCAUCAAAAUAAAAACAUAAAAAAUA